UUCCGGAAGCGAAGCCUGCCGCUUGUCCUCUACUUCCGCGGGGUCCUGGCGGGUGGCCGUGACCGAGUGGGUCCCAGGACUAGUGGCGAGUGCAGUGAUCCUUGGCCUGUGAGUUUCAAAAAAUUUGGGGGUUGAAUGAUGCUUUUGCAGGGGAUUGCCUGAGACCAUCAGAAAACACAGAAUAUGUAGCUUUGGCUGUCCUGAAACUUGCUAUGUAGACCAGGCUGGCCUUGAACUCAGGAGAUCCUCCUGCAUCUUCUGAAUGCUGGAAUUAAAAGGGGCUUCUUGUUUUUCCAGAAAAUCAGGUGUGGAUCGAAAGAACUCCCCACAUAGCAAAUCUGGAUCCAAUGGAAGACACUCUCCAAAACAAAGCAAACUGCAUUCUUCCCAUGGGUCAGAGCUUCAAAAGUCCAAGCAUACUCAUUCCUCCUACAAACGUCACAGUGAAGAAAAGCCAGAAGGAGGUAAAAAGAGGCCUGGCCAGUCUUUGAAAACAUCAAGAGAUACGCACCCAAAAAGUUCUUCAGCAGUUCCUUCAUCAGAAAUUUUAAACAAACUGAAAAGGUUUGAUGAAAAGGGACUUCCUAAAGCUGCAAGCAGGCAAGCUGUAGAAAAGCCAAAGAUGGCAGAUGAAAGUGACUUACCUAAAAUUUCUGAGUUUGAAGUUGGAGUCGCAGAACUUAUGGAUCAGUCACAAGAACCUGAGUCAAACAAAAAAGAUCAUACAGACUUCAUUGAUGACCAAGUAACCAAUCGCCGUAAAGCAAUAGUGUCAAAAACCAAGGAAAUUGAACAAGCCUACUACCAAGACUGUGAGACCUUUGGAAUGGUGGUGAAAAUGCUGGUUGAAAAAGACCCUUCAUUAGAAAGGUCCAUUCAGUUUGCACUUAGGCAGAAUUUACAUGAAAUAAGUGAGCGCUGUGUGAAAGAGCUCAGGCAGUUCAUUGCAGAGUAUGACGCUGCUGCUUCCUAAGAACUGGUACUCUAGCAGAAAGUGUUUCUUGAUUGUCAUUCCAGAAUUGUAUAAAUACUUCAUAUAUGGAAUUUUUGUGAUGAAAUAACUUCAGUGUCUAGUAAACAUUUGAAAUGGUCAGCUUAAAUGAUCUUCAGAAAUGUUUGUACUUAUGGAACGUCAUGACUCAUACACUCAGCAGUGCUCACUUUGUGUCAGCCUGCUGGGGAGGGAGGGGAGGGGAGGGGAGACUCACUUAUGUUCUGUAGUCUUCCAAGUAGGUGAAUGUAUGGCUCAGCAUAGAGACUGAACUUCAAAGUAAAUGGUAGCAUGUAAAAAUGUUAGGAUUUGAGUUGUGAUUUUUCUUGACUUUUGGCUUUUUUCCUUAGGCUCUGUUGCUUUUAUUAAAAUUAUCCUACAUUAA